AAAAUAACCAGGAAGCAAAAAAGAGGAAAUGAAAGCGGCUUUUGUGUGUGGUGGGUGCUGCUUGGCGUCCGUGUCCUGCACCGACAUAGUGCAGACGGGCUAGACACGCCGCCGCCGCCGCCCCCUUGGUGCUACGCCACAGCGCUCAGCGUUUCUCGUCCGCUCUGACUGUGACGAGUCCCGGGGGUAAGGGGACAGAGCUGACUCCACAAUGGGGGACAUCAUCCUAGAGGACUUUUUCAUUAAACGUUCUCAGCAGAAGAAGAAAACCUCUCCACUGAACUACAAGGAAAGGUUUUUCACCCUGAAGCAGGGGAAGCUCUCCUACUACGACUAUGAUGUGGAGAAAGGGAAGAAGAAAAGUUUGAAGGGGUCUGUGGACCUGGAGAAGAUCAAGUGUGUGGAGAACGUGGAGCCGGAGCUGAAUGCCCCCUCAGAAAGGCUCUACCCAUUCCAGAUCAUUUACGAUGAAGGGCCACUGUAUAUCUUUGCCAAGACGGAAGAGAUCCGGAAGAGAUGGAUACAUGUGCUGAAGCAAGAGGUGAAGUACAAUAAGGACCUACUGCCCAAGUAUCACCCCUGCUUCUGGGUGGACGGCGUCUGGCUGUGCUGUCAUCAGGAGGUCAAGCAAGCCAUGGGCUGUAAGGUGCUGGAGACCCGCAGCACUGUAUUCUCAGCCCAGGUUUCCAGGAAGUCCAGGAAGCCGCUCCCCCCAACUCCAAACCAGGAGAAGAAUUCAAGGCCAUUGCCCCUCCAGCCGUUGCCCGCAGAGCCCCCUCAGCCUGCCACGCCUUUGGAAAUGAAGGUCAUCGCAGAGUAUGACUAUGUACCUCAGAGCGAACAGGACCUGGAGCUGAGGAAAGGAGAAGAGUACACUGUCCUGGCAAAGGAGAGUGCCAACUGGUGGAAGGCCAAGGAUAGAUACGGAAAUGAGGGCUACAUUCCUAGCAAUUUCGUCAGUGAAGUUCAGAAUGGACUUGAGCAGUUUGAAUGGUACUGCAAGAACAUGAACCGCAGCCAAGCAGAGAACCUGCUGAGGAAGGAGAACAAAGAUGGCGGCUUUCUGGUACGGGACUCUAGCAAGGCUGGGAAGUACACCGUCUCCGUGUUCACUAAGGGUGGAGGCGAUGCAGCACCUGCAUGCAGACACUACAACAUUUGUACGAAUCAGCAGGGCCAGUUCUACCUCGCCGAGAGGCACUACUUCGACACGAUAUCUGAUCUCAUUAAAUACCACCAGCACAAUGCCGCAGGAAUGGUGAGCAGGCUGAAGUAUGUUGUGUCAAACAAGACCCAAAAUGCUCCGUCUACGGCUGGCCUUGGAUAUGGGGUCUGGGAGAUUGACCCACGUCACCUGACCUGCAUCAAGGACCUAGGCUGCGGGCAGUUCGGGGUGGUGAAGUACGGCAAGUGGCAGGGCCGGCAUGAUGUGGCCAUCAAGAUGAUCAAGGAGGGCUCCAUGUCAGAAGAUGACUUCAUUGAAGAGGCUAAAGUCAUGAUGAAACUCCAGCAUACCAACCUCGUGCAGCUAUAUGGCGUCUGCACCAAACAGAGACCCAUCUACAUCGUCACCGAAUUCCUGUCCAACGGCUGCUUGCUGAGCUACCUCCGCGAAGUCAUGAGCCCACAUCCCAUCCAGCUGCUGGAAAUGUGCAAGGAUGUGAGUGAGGGCAUGGCCUACCUGGAGUCGAAGCAGUACCUCCACAGGGACCUGGCAGCCAGAAAUUGCUUAGUGGAUGCAAACGGAACAGUAAAAGUCACGGAUUUUGGAUUAUCAAGGUACGUCCUGGACGAUGAGUACACCAGCUCUGAGGGCUCCAAGUUCCCCGUCCGCUGGUCGCCACCUGAAGUCCUCCUCUACUGCAAAUUCAGCAGCAAGUCUGACGUCUGGGCAUUCGGCGUUCUCAUGUGGGAAAUCUACACUCUGGGCAAGAUGCCCUAUGAACGCCUUAAUAACACAGAGAUAGUACAGAAACUCUCCAGUGGACUUCGUCUCUAUCGCCCCCAACUGGCUAAUGAGAGAGUGUACAGCAUUAUGGCCGCCUGUUGGAAUGAGAAACCGGAAGAUCGUCCACCUUUUCAAGAACUUGUGUCCAUUAUUCAGGACUUGCUAUAUGACCUCCAGUAGCCAGGAAUCUCCAAGCAUCAUCCUCGUCAGUCUAGGCGCUAUCUUCUGUCUACAGCUAGCAGAGUCAUCCGCCCAAGCAUCCAUCCUACCUAGAGUCAGAGAGACGCAUACCAGCACUGUAAAGCCAGAAAACUCCUUGUCAAUGUAACUACUGUGUGAUGUUUCGACUGAAUGUUGCUAGGGUAGAUACAGCCUGUUUAACUAGGUUUUCAUAGAGUUCAGGAAGUUCUAUGCUUGUUAAAACACCACAAACUGAGGCUGUGUUCAGAAUGUCCGCUAUAUCACGAUUGAAUUAGCCAAUUGGUAGUGCUGUUCGAAUUAUCAACUCUACAUAUCAUUCACUAUUAUUGCGCCAUAUAAAGUCAUCGCAAGGCGCACGAAAAUCUAGUGCAUUGAAGCUGUACCCUACAUUGGCUGACUUAGACCAUCGUGCAUUAUGGGCUGCCGUGUGAGUGUCGGAACCAGAUUGGAAAAACUUGGAAAAGCUACACAACACACAUCGCUGCCCCGUAGCAACGCAGUCUGAACCGUGACCAUUAACCGCUGUUAAGGAGCUCACUUAUGAAAUACAUGCACACGAGCUAUAACAACAGUGGCAGAGCUACUGCUGCUUAAAAAACAAAUAUUUUAAUAUAUUUCACUGCUUUGCAUGGGUAAUGAAUACAGUAUACUUAAGAUUAGACUAUAAUACCAUAGUUACAACUGCAGUCACCACAAUGCUUGCAUAGGUGGAUACAGUGCAGUCAAGUAUAUUGUAAAUAAAGUUCACAUAUUUUUGUCGUAAAAUUUUAUUUUUAUUUCAGUGUUGUUAAGACGUAUGUCAAUUAAAAUGUUUACUGACAGAAAUAGCAACAUUGAUGUCCACAUUCUGGCAUUUAAACAACAGAGAGGAAAAUUACGACUAUCCAUCACACGUUAUGUGGCAGCGUAACAUCCGCCUAGUGUCCAAAAUAUAUCAACCGCUGUCUGCCCUUGUCCCCUAGUGAGUGUUCUACAUAGAAAACACUGUACAGUGAGUGAGUGAACAAGUGGACAUUCCAAACAUGGCCUGGGAGUGGAUUGUGGCUUUCAAGUCUGCCUGGUGAGAGGGAUGACUGUGCAUUGUCAGUCACAUGAUGGAAUAACCUACUUCUCAUUGGUUACUUUAAUUCCCAUUAGGGUCAACCAGCCAGCACGUUGAAAUCUGACUUAUGCACUUAUGCGAAUGGAUAGCUGUUCCAUUGUUAACUUUAGUAGGGGAAGUUAUAUAGAAAAAGCUCAUGUCGCUUCAGGAUAUUAAUUCGAAUAUGAGUCUUUGAACAGAAAGUGUGAAUUUUUGAGUUUCCUGCUACAUUGUAUCAAAAUCCCCUUAUAGAUGAGUGAAAUGCAGCUUUAGUUGCCAUUUGCACAAGUACAUCGGAAUGCUUCUUUUUGCAUAUUCCAUCAUGCUCUCCUUUGAGACAUACAUACACCGAUCAGCUGUAAUAUUAAAGCACCUGCCUGCACCUUAUUGUGUAGGCCCCCCCACAUGCUGCAAAAACAGUUCUGAUCCGAGGCAUGGAUUCUGCAAGACCUCUGAAGGUGUCCAGUGGUAUCUGGCACUUAGAAAUUAGCAGCAGAUCUUUAAGCCCCGUAAGUUGUGAGGUGAGGUUCCCAUGGACCAGACUUGUUUGUCCAGCAGGUCCCAAAGAUGCAAGAUCUGAUUGAGAUCUGGGGAAUUUGGAGGCCAAGCAAACAUAUUGAACUAUUUUUCAUAUUCCUUAUACCAUUCCCGAACUAAUUUUGCAGUACGUCAAGCUGCAUUAGCCUUGGCUGCCCAUGAUCCCAUUACCAAUUCACCAACCUUUGGUAGGUACUGACCACUGCGUACUGGGAACACCCCACAAGAUCAAUUGAUCUGACCCAGUCAUCUAGCCAUCACAAUUCGGCCCUUGUUAAAGUCGCUCAGAUCGUUCCCAAUUUUUGAUUUUAAUGUUAUGGUUGAUCAGUGUGAAUGCUGUUGAGGGCCAAGCUUGGGAUCCGAGUGCAGGGUCAUCUGUCCAUUCAGCCCCCCUGAAGCAUCUUUGAGGGGGUUAAGGGCCUUGCUUAAGGGCCCAGCAGACAUGUGACUAUUCUUCUGAGGCCAGGGCUCAAACCAGGAAUCUUCCAAUCACAGGCAGUUGCAUAACCCACUGAACCACACACCGUUGCUAUUCGGCAGUGAUGGGUGUGGUGUGGUUAACUAAAUGAAGACAUGAACUCUCCUCACUGUAUAUGGCCUUAAAAAGCAAUAUUUAACCUAGAGUAACAGCGGUUCUGUAGGAACUAAUUUUGUCUGAACCUCUACACCUUCAACUGAUGUGCCCCCUGAUUAAAGAUCGAAGUGUCUGGCAUGAGUCUGUGCGCACUUCACAUCACACUGGAUUGUCUAGGAUGAGUCUGUGCACACUUCACAUCACACUGGAUUCUCUAGGAUCAGUCUGUGCACACCACAUCACACUGGAUUGUCUAGGAUGAGUCUGUGCACACUUCACAUCACACUGGAUUCUCUAGGAUCAGUCUGUGCACACCACAUCACACUGGAUUGUCUAGGAUGACUCUGUGCACACUUCACAUCACACUGGAUUCUCUAGGAUCAGUCUGUACACUUCACAUCACACUGGAUUGUCUGGGAUGAGGUUGUGGACUCUUCACAUCACACUGGAUUGUCUGGGAUGAGGUUGUGCACUCUUCACAUCACACUGGAUUGUCUGGGAUGAGGUUGUGCACUCUUCAUAUGCCCUUCGGUGUAAUAUGAAAUGCAGAUGGGAAGCUGAGCCCUACUGAAAGGGUGUGUGGAUAUGGAUAUCACCUGCAGUUAGGAGGGCAAAGGAUGAUGGGAUGGUGAUCACUGGGUGUUUGUAAAGACUUCUGCUUCUAGCUAGAAUAAGUUAAUUCUGUUGGAGUUGUCUGUCAAAUCUACUUGUUUUUAACUUACCAUAAUACAUAAUACUGUCAAUAAAAUAAUAAUAAAAUGAUUACCAUUCUUCCUUCUUUUUCUGCUUCCUUUUUUGCAGAAGAUUAAAUACUUCGAAGUUGCUCUGCUCUGCAGCACUAAGAAUAAACUUCUUCUGCAUAAAGCUGAA